UCCUUCAAUGCCAUCACGUUCAAACUCACCUCCGGCUCCAUGUCUCGGGGUAUCUGAAUUGUUUUCCACCGCCAGCAGCGCGGAUGAGACCGGCAAACACUCGUCCUGUAGCCACAGACAUUUGGAACCAGUGCUCAUGUUAUUUGGACGGACAGCAGGUGAACACACAAUGUGACUAAUCCCAACUCUUGAGUCCGUCCAAUCGAGAUGACGUCAUUUCCGCGUUGAGAACCCAUGCGUGUUUCAGCGCUCUCGCCUCUUCAGUCCAUUUCUACAUCAUUUACGAUAUCAGAACAUGGCAAAAAGCAAAUCCCCCAAAAGAAAGAAGUUGCAUUUAACUGAGGAUGAAACAGGCGAAGUGUCAUCUAAAAAGAAAAAAAGGGAGGAUCCAGUGCCGGUCUCGCAGACUACUAUCUCUGUAAAGGAUGAGAAGAAGAAAAGGGAAAAGAAAAAGAGAAAGAAGAGAACAGCGGACACAGAGAUUCCACACCAAAGCAGUGUCCCCAAAGAGGAGACUUCGUCUUUAGAGGACAAGGAGGUCUUGAACCCUGAGGAGGAGCGGGUCCUGCAGAGGAAGAUAAAAAAGAUCCUUAAAAAGGAAGAGAAGGACAAACUGAAGGCCGAGGGGAAGACCACACAGAAGAGUGAAGCUCCAGGACCUACAGCGUCCCAGCAGGCCUUGGACUACCUGACCUGUUGGUCCACCCAGCGUGAUGAGUGGAAGUUCCAGAAAACAAGACAGACCUGGUUAUUGCAGCACAUGUUUGACCCUGACAUGAUUCCUGAUGACAAGUUCUCCAUCCUGCUUGAGUACAUGGAGGGUCUCCGUGGAGGAGCGAAGGACACCACAGUGCAGAAGGCGUUGGUCCUGGUGCAGGAGUCGGGACAAGCGCCAGCCGACACGGUCGUCCAGCAGAGGGCGCAAAGAGCCAAGGAAGUCAUCCAGCUACUAACCUGAGCGGGCAUUGAGCAGAAACACUGUGUUGUCUCUAGGUGGCUUGUGCAUAAGUUGCACAAAAUAAUGCACAAGUUUCGAUACUUUUUUCCACAAGUCAAUCUGUUUGGUUUAAUGAAUGUUUUUGUUUUUGCUUCAUUUUGACGUAACAUAGACAGUUGGUGAAAGAAUGUUACUAUGUAACUAGUAUUUGUGAUGUCUUGCAUUUGUUCUGCUUGUGCGGCUCCUCAGUCUGCAUCCACUGUCCUCCCAUCACACCAUUCUUAGCUCGUGGUGUUGAUGUCAGGGUUCGUGUGACCCUGGGGUACAGAUUCCUUUCCUCUGAACAUUCAGUGCCGGUGACUUGUAGAUAUGGAAGUGUCUAUGAUGAUUUGAUUUUUUUACAUGAACUUCCAAGGAAACAGCUGUCAACAUUUUGUUUAUUAAAUCUCAAUUUCAGAUGCAUGAAAUGUAGAAUGUUUUCCCAGUGAUGCCUGCGCAUCACUCCAUCCCCUGGAUUAAACGUCAGUCUUCGACUGACAAGCAAAGAAAUAACAAAUAAAUAUUCAUUGUACAAAAAGUC